AUGUUUAGAAUCGCGAAUAUUAUUCGCCUCUCCUUAUUUUUGCUCCUCUCUAUGAAUAUUUUUCGUGCGGGACAUAGCUGUUUUUGGACUUACACAGUGCACGUUAAUCUCGUUAAUAAUCUUCCGCUGGAAUCUAAGCCACUGUAUGUGUAUUGCGCGUCCAAAGACGACGAUCUUGGACAUCACACUUUGAGUUGUUUUUUGCUCUAUGAUGCCCGUGUGAGUUUCACCAACAAUCUUCCGAAAAACUCUAAGCCGCUCAAUCUGCAUUGUAAGUCUAAAGACGAUGACCUUGGAAAUCACACGCUCAGUUAUGGUGAGAGCUGGGGAUUCAAAUUCUGCGUGAACAUUUUUGCCACCUUAUUUUAUUGCAACCUUAAUUGGGGCGAUAAGUACAUGUCCUUACAUGCUUUCGAUGGCAAGUGGUAUAGAAGCGUGCACGAUCCUUGCGCUGGCAAUCGUGGAAAUAAUUGCGCGUGGACGGAUAUGAGCUGUUUCUUCUACUACGAAGCCCGUGUAAGUUUCAUCAACUAUCUUCCACAAAACUCUAAGCCGCUCGACCUGCAUUGCGCGUCAAAAGAUGACGACCUUGGAAAUCACACGCUCGGUUAUGGUGAGAGUUGGGGCUUCAAAUUCUGUGUGAACCCUUUUGCCACCUUAUUUUAUUGCAACCUUUAUUGGGGUAACAAUUUCAUGGCUUUUCAUGCUUUUGAAGGAAGAUGGUUAAUAAGCUUGCACAAUCCUUGCACUGGUUUUAAUAGAACUGAUUGCCCAUGGAAGGUAGAGAGUGAGGGUGCUAGUUUACCAGGAGGAGAACCUUCAAACAUUCUUUACCCUUUUCUAUUUCUUCUCCUCUCUAUGGAUCUUCUCCACAAGGGUCAGAGCUGUUUUUUGUACUACAAAGUCCACGUUAGUUUCGUCAACAAUCUUCCCGAAAAUUUGAGGCCACUUUACGUGCAGUGCAUGUCAAAAGACGACGAUCUUGGAAUUCAUAGGCUGAUGUUUGGUCAAACUUGGGGCUUCAAAUUCUGUGUGAAGCCUUUUUCAACCUUAUUCUAUUGCAACCUUAAUUGGAGUAGUUUGCACAUUGGCCUUCAGGCUUAUAAUGCUUUGUGGAUUCUGAAUCCCUGCAAUAAAGGGGAAUGCGCUUGGACUGUGAUUGAAGCUGGGGCUGGUUUACCAAAAGGCAAGUUUCAUCUUUGGGACACAACAGAAUAA